AUGGCCCAAACCUAUGGCCCAAACCUAUGGCAGAAACCCCAAGCGAUACAAAGACCAAUCCAAGCUCAGAGGGCCCAAACCUAUGGCCCAAACCCCAAGCGAUACAAAGACCAAUCCAAGCUCAGAGGGCCCAAACCUAUGGCCCAAACCUAUGACCUAAACCCCAAGAGACACAAGGAGCCAAUCCAAGCUGAGAGGGCCCAAACCUAUGACCUAAACCCCAAGAGACACAAGGAGCCAAUCCAAGCUCAGAGGGCCCAAACCUAUGGGAGACCACUUACUACAACCAAUCAGCAGAGGUCUACCGCCAAGCUGAAACACUACGGGACAACUGUACCUCUCCUAUUGGUCGGAGAAGAAUGGAGACCAGUCACUCUGCUCCAAUCACAGGGCCAUCCUGCGUCUCUGAAGGUGCUGAUAGAAACAGAGGAGGAACAGCUGCUCCUGAUUCUGGAGAAAAACCAUGGUCUGUUUGCCAGUCACUACACAGAAACACACUACCUGGAAGACGGCAGCGCGGUCACCGGCUCUCACAACCUCACGACGAACUGCUAUUACCACGGAAUGGUGCAGGGACACAUCUAUUCUGACGUCAGCCUCAGUACCUGCUCAGGUCUCAGUGGCUUCAUCUCACUAGAAAACAGAUCCUACGUGUUGGAGCCGUCAACUGAUCCCUCCAGUGGAUCCCACAGGAUCUACCGGUCAGAACAGCUCAACCUCACACCUGGCUCGUGUGGCCAUGGCUUCAACAUAUCACUGGUUCAUGGAGACACCCAGAACAGCCACAACCAAUCAGACAGCCCCUUCGGAGCCUUCAGCACCAGG